AUGGCCGUGGUGCAUGUCAUCCAGCAGAUCGGCGACGGCGCGACGCCAGUUCUCCCCAACCCUCACUUCUCUGUAACUCUUCCACGAAUUGUGUUAUCUGGGAGCAACAGACAACCUGUUGAAGAUACUCGGGGACGGCGGCCAGCUCGCACACAACCUUCAAUGACGCAGGUGCGGCACUGGGAGGAGGAAGGCGUUGGAUUAUGCAGGGACGACAUCGGAGAAGGACUGCAAGCUGCGACGACAUCCUCCCGAACUCCCGAAUCAUCACGGAAAAGAAAAGAAAAACACCCCUGCCCUGACCCGCUUCCACAACUCCCCCGCAACCUCUCCUCCCCCGAGCGCCUCAUCCCACCGCCGCCCUCAGAUCCCGCCGCCGCACACGCCCUCCCCGGAACCCGCGGCCGCGCGCGCCCUCGCUGGAACCCCCGCCGCCGAGAGCCCCCUGCCGUCGUGCGCCCUCCCCGGACGCCCCGCCGCAGCCCGCCCUCCCCGGACCCCCGCGCCACCGUGCCACCACCGGGAUCCAAUCGCCAACGAGAGCCUCUCCGCGACCCCCCGCCCAGUUGUGGUCGUCGCCAGAUGCCUCGCUGCCGUCGAACGCCGUCUUCCUUCGGGCAGCCACGCACCGUCCGAGCACCGCCGUGCCUUCUCGCACCAGUCUCCUCCUGCCAUGCCCUUGCAGGAAGCUUGUGUCGCCGCAAGAAGUUCAAAUGCCAUAGCAGUGGCCGGACAGAUUUGAUACAUGGUGCUCCCUCCCACAAAGUGGCUGUUGCUAGACGAGGAAUCAAACUCGCCUCCGCUGCUACCAACCCCACCACUGUUGGAGAGGAGAGGAGGAAUGCAAGCAUGAUUGAGCUGGGAUACCCGAGCCAAGGGGAGGAUGCAUAACAUGGCAACUACUAGAAUGGCAGGAGCUGGUUGAUCGUCGGGACUUGGAAUGGAGGUUGACCAUCAUGGAUCGAUGGUGGAUCACGCCGGCCGGUCGGCAUGCAUGCAUGCAUGCAUGCAUUUUCUUCUUUUUCAAAUUCAGAUUCUGAGGUCGAGGAAGCCGGUCUGGCGGAGCACGGCGUUGCAGACGCGGACUCCUCUGCCUUCUUGGCUUCAUGCUCCGUGUUCUCACCGGCCGCCUGGCCCGGUAAUUUUAUUGUAUUUUUAUUGGCUUCUUGGCUGUGAAUUGACCAAAAUA